AUGGCCCAGACCCCAGAAUUGAGAAAACAAACAAAAGGGAAAGGGAUAGCAGAGAUAGCAGGGAUUCCCCUGAUGGCUGACACCGUGGACAACUGGAGCCAGAUUCAGACCUUCAAAGCCAAGCCAGAUGACCUCCUCAUUUGUACUUACCCUAAAUCAGGGACAACAUGGAUUCAAGAAAUCGUGGACAUGAUUGAGCAGAAUGGGGAUGUAGAGAAGUGUCAGCGAGCCCUCAUUCAACACCGGCACCCUUUUAUUGAGUGGGCACGGCCACCCCAGCCAUCAGGUGUGGAUAAAGCCAAUGAGAUGCCAGCUCCAAGGACACUCAAGACCCAUCUUCCCACUCAGCUGCUGCCACCAUCCUUCUGGACAAGUAACUGUAAGUUCAUUUAUGUGGCUCGGAACGCCAAAGACUGCAUGGUUUCCUACUACCACUUCUAUAGGAUGAGCCAGCUUCUCCCAGAUCCAAGGACUUGGGAUGAGUAUUUUGAAUUCUUCAUUAAUGGGAAAGUAAACUGGGGAUCCUGGUUUGACCAUGUGAGAGGAUGGUGGGAAAUAAGAGACAGACACCAGAUUCUCUUCCUCUUCUAUGAAGAUAUGAAGAGGGACCCAAAACAUGAAAUCCGGAAGGUAAUGCAGUUCAUGGGAAAGAACUUGGAUGAAACUGUGCUGGAUAAAAUCGUCCAGGAGACAUCAUUUGAGAAAAUGAAAGAGAAUCCUAUGACCAAUCGUUCAACCGUUCCCAAAUCGAUCCUGGACCAGUCCAUUUCCUCUUUCAUGAGAAAAGGAACUGUGGGUGAUUGGAAGAACCACUUCACUGUGGCUCAGAAUGAGAGGUUUGAUGAAAUCUACAGACAGAAGAUGAAAGGAACGUCUAUAAACUUCUGCAUGGAACUCUGA